UGCAUCUUCACUAAUUGACACAAAUUUUGUAUUUUCAUUUGUCAUGACUCACAAAUAGAAGUUGAAAUUGACAAAAUGAGUUCAUCAAGAAUUUCUCUUUGCUUCCGGAUUUUAACGAUCAUUUUAGGUGUUUUGCUUUUGUUGAUAGGUGCAGCUAUUCUAGGGUUCUCAAUCUACCUGCGUGUAGAUUAUUGGUUGAACCAGUAUGCGGCAGCUAGUGAGGAACUCACCAAAUACACCGUAGCGGUCUACAUCUUUAUUGCCACAGGAGCCAUCGUUGUUCUGUUCUGUAUCAUUGGAAUAUAUGGGGCAAUACGACCAGAUAAAUGUGCGAUCAUAGUGUAUAUGGUGUUUUUGCCGAUUAUACUUGGCAUGAUGAUCGGAGGUGGGGUUUACGCAUAUGUCUACAGAGAAGAGAUAGAAAAUACGAUAAAGAACUCAGAUUUAUUGAAGGAAGUGGUUGAAAAGAAAUAUGGAAUAGAUGGAAGAGUUACACAGGCUAUUGACUUCAUGCAGAAAGAGUUGGAGUGUUGCGGGGGAAUGUCAUAUACUGAUUAUAAACAGUCGGUUUGGUCGCAAGACUACGACGCGAACUCGGAGCAGAACGCACGCAAGGAUCAGGCUCCUAAGACAUGUUGUAAAGAUUAUAAGUUGUACGAGGACACUAAUACCUUACCAUAUAAAUACUGUCCUAUGUACAAGACAACUGCAGGCUCCGAAGGGGAUAAAUUACCACCUACUAAUGAUAAUAUCCACAAAAAGGGUUGUGGUGAAGCUUUCGUAGCAUUAAUGCAGGAGAAUGUUAAAAUUGCAGCUGCCAUAGCCUUUAGUAUAGUGGCUGUACUGGUUUUCGCUAUAGCUUUCUGCGCCCUCCUUCUUUUCUUCAUGAGGAAGUCUCCGCCACUACGAGAAGAUGACGUCGUGUACGAGAUGGCGAGAACGCAAGAGAAAUCCCCGUAUCCAGCACGUGGUGGACCGUACGCUAACCUUUACCAAAGUUAAAAUACUUCUUUUCAGACAUACACUUGUGCAUACAAAAUGCAAAUUUUUGAGAUUUUCUGUCCAAUAUUGGCUCUCUGUGAUUGGAUAAUAGAUCUGUAAUCGUCAUGGCAACAAAAUACAAGAAAAUAAAAAAAUUUUCCUAUGGAUAUAAAAUUGACAUUAUACUUAUGACAUUACAUCAAGAAGAGAAAAAAAAAACACCUUCACAUUGUCAUCAUAAUCGUCAUUUUGAAUAAAUGCUUAUUGUAAAUAUUAUAAAACAGAAGAAUAAGAAAAUCACCAAUUUUGAUUGAGAAUUGCUUUCAUAGAUCAUUAUGUGGAGAUGAAAUAUUGUACACCCAUAUUUUGUUAUUAUUCAUGUAUUUUUAUUUUGUUGGGAUCAACUCUUUUUCUUUCAACCGAUCUUUUAUGAAAUUUGAUUUGGGAACAAAAUAUACCUUCCCUAUUUUCAUUGUUGCUAUGACUCCUGUUUUGUGUAAAACAUCUUUGUAUGUGACAUUUGUACCUGACAUUUGGUGAAAUCAUUAAUUUUCUGGGAAAUUAAAUUUUCAUGUAUUUUUCAACUUCUGACAAAUCAUGACCUUGAGUAUUAGUUCUAUAUUAAUGAUCUAUAAUCAAGAUUAUGAACGUUUUUGAAAAUUGAUAUCAUGGUAAACAGAAUAUAAUCCUCAUUGGAAGAUUACUGAUUUAACAAUUUGUCUCUAGCCUGGAAGAAGUCCCAUUUAGUGCAAUCCUGAUGUAUAUUUUGUUAGGUAGACUGUAGGCUAGUGGUUAGUGAUAGCUUAUGUUUUUAUCCGUUAGACUUUCCUUUUACAUCUUUGACCCAUAUGGACCUGAUAUACCAUAUCUAUUCCAUGUAGAAAAUAUUCCAUUUCUUUGAUAAUUUGAUGAUUUUAUUUCAGUAUCUUGUGAUAUUGAAAGAUUCGUGUAUAUUUUUCACACUGCAUACUAUCUGCUCAAUGCUCAAGGUGAGCUUUUGUGAUGUCUUUUCAUCCGUCUGUCGCUCCAUACUUUUGAUUGAAACAGCUUUUCUUAAACCACUGGGUCAUUUCUGAAAGCAUGGUAGGAAUUUUCCUUUUAAGACCCCCUUUUCAAAUACAUUGUUCAAAAAAAAUGUUUUCCAUGACUUUGUGGAAUCAAAAAAAUAGAAAAAAUUUUUUUUAGACUUUCCUUCAAGAUUCUUCAUAUAAUCUUUAUUUGUGAAAAACAUCAGUAAGUACUUGGUCAUUUUUUGAUGUAAAGCUUUGAACGUAUUUAUGCAUAAAAAUUGUAAGUCUGCUUAUGAUAAAUCUUCAGGUUGUAGUUUUGCUGUAGUUUACAUUCUACCAAAAUUAGGUUGUAUUGAAUCAAUAUAUCCUGCAUUCUGGUGAGAGAUUUUUGUGUGAUUGCUUCCCUUUGUUUUCUGAAAUACUGCUUUGGUGAAUUUGA